AUGUCUGACUUGAGUUACACCAUCUACAAUGGUGUAUAUGCUGUGGCCUGGACCCUUCAUGAUAUCUUCCUGAUGAAAUCAGAAGAAAGAUCAGUGGUAGGGCGAGAAAGCUUGGUUCCUUAUCCGUGGCAGAAUAUCCAGUUUAACAACACUGCUGGUGACCAGAUUUUUAUGGAUGAGAAUAGAAACCCUGAGGCUCAAUAUAACAUUCUGAACUAUGUAACCUUUGAUCUGGAUGCUGAAGCCCUGGUGAAAGUUGGACAGUUUAUCCCCAAGGCUGAACAUGGCCAGGAUUUCACCAUUAAUGAGGAGGCCAUAGUGUGGGGCUGGAAAUAUUAUGAGAUUCCCUGUGCCACAUGCAGUGAAAGCUGUUAUCCUGGAUUCAGACAAACCCCACUGGAAGGACAACCCAUCUGCUGUUUCAGCUGUUCUCUGUGCCCUGAGGGGGAGAUCUCCAAUCAGAUGACUCUGGUUCUCUGGAUAUUUGUGAAAUUUCAAGACACACCCAUAGUAAAAGCCAACAACCGAGCUCUCAGCUACACUCUCCUCAUCUCCCUCAAUUUCUGUUUCCUCUGUUCUUUGCUCUUCAUUGGCCGCCCUACAUCAGCCACCUGCCUCCUUAGACAAACGAUCUUUGGGAUUGUGUUCACUGUAGCUGUGUCCUCCAUCUUGGCCAAAACCACCAUGGUAGUCCUGGCUUUCAGGCUUACAACACCAGGGAGCAGGGGUAGAAUGUGGGUGCAAUCCAGGGUGUCUAACUCUAUUGUCAUUAUCUGUUCUGGGAUUCAAGUCAUUCUCUGUGGCAUCUGGUUAGGAAUCUCUCCCCCUUUCCCAGACAGUGAUAUACACUCUGAACCAGGACAGAUCAUCAUUGGGUGCAAUGAGGGUUCUGUCAUUGCCUUCUACGCUGUCCUGGGCUAUAUGGGGUUCCUAUCCCUGUGCAGUUUCGCAGUGGCUUUCCUGGCCAGGAACCUUCCUGACACCUUCAAUGAAGCCAAGUUCAUCACAUUCAGCAUGUUGGUGUUCUGCAGUGUGUGGGUUUCCUUCCUCCCAACAUACCAGAGCACCAAGGGGAAGGCCAUGGUUACUGUGGAAAUCUUCUCCAUCCUGACAUCCAGUGCUGGGUUACUGAGUUGCAUCUUUUUUCCCAAGUGUUACAUGAUUCUGCUGAGGCCAGACAGAAACACUCAAGAGCAUAUCAAGAAUAAAGUAGACCACAGGGGCGGGAAUCAAUCUGCAUAA